AUGAAGGCCAUGAAGGGGCUUAGCGUUAAUCGCAUGAUGAGCACCAUCAAGAAGCGAACGACGAACAGAAGUGCUGAUCGACGUCCCUCUCCGCAAGGCUUCAGUGGACCCAGUGAUGCGUCGGCGUCGUCGGACCCGCAGAACGAGGCUCCCGAAGCUAUCGCUGCGCGCAGCGUGAGACAAUUUUGCGAGUCUGGGGGCCCUAAUGCCCAGGGUGAUGAAGUCCUCUACCUCCCGCCCAUCGUCGAUGCCGCCGAGUCCUCCCCGGCCGCCGCCGCCGAGUGCGCGCGGGUCAUCCGGAAAUACCUCUCAAAAGACAACCAUGCCAAAGCCUCGUGGCAGUACAAUGCCAUCAUGUUGAUCCGCAUCUUGACCGACAACCCCGGCCCGACUUUCACGCGCAACAUGGACAAGAAGUUUACAGAUACGGUCAAGGAACUCUACCGAUCUACGCACGACCCCAGCGUCAAACAAAUACUGUCGGAGACGUUGGAUACCUUUGAGGCCACCAAGUCCGACGACCAAGGUCUUGGCGAGCUGAUCUCCAUGUGGAAGAAGGAGAAAGAGCGCAGUUACAAGCAAUAUGGUGUAGGACCGCUUCCGAAUCGACCCCUCCUAUCUGCCCAACUGACAUACAUGCUCCUUCAGAAGCCAAGGCAAUCCAUGACCGGCCCUGAGCCUAGGACUAUGAAUGUACCCGCAAUCGACUCCCAUUCCCAGAACUACUUCGCUCGAAACCAUACCAACCGGACCUUGCCCACCCCCGUGGAACUCGCGAGCAGACUGGAGGAAGCGCGAACUUCCGCCAAGCUGCUGUCGCAAGUCGUGGUCAACACUCCCCCUCAGGAGGUCAUCAACAAUGACUUAAUCAAGGAAUUUGCCGAUAGAUGUCAGAGCGCCUCACGAAGUAUACAAAUGUACAUGGUGGCAGAGAACCCGUCCCCUGACAACGACACGAUGGAGCACCUGAUCGAUACGAAUGAGCAACUCCAGUCGGCACUCAACCAGCAUCAAAGGGCCGUUCUUGGCGCUCGGAAGCAACUUGGCAUAGGUCCACGGUCCGAUAAUACGAGUCCCGUCAGUCCCCAGGCGGCUGAAUACCAGCAUCCAACUCGUACACAAGACCAGCACUCCAACCCGCCACAGGAAUGGCAGCAGGCACAAUCGUCCUCUUCCAGUUCGACGCCGGCACCUCCUCUGCCAACGAGGCCAGCUGAAGCUAAUGGCAAGGGAAAGGCUUCGGAAUCAUUCGCACCGCCUCCCGGCCCUCCGCCAAAAGCGCAACAGCAACCUCUGACGGAAGACCCCUUCAGAGACCCCCAAUCAGAGACCAACUAUUCUUCUUGGAGCAGACCCGGAGGAUCCGGCAGCGCAGUGGAACUCUCGGGUGAAGAGCCGCGUCUGGCUUUCGAGCCCUACCACCCAGGCUUCAGCUCCACCCCAAGCUAUCUGGGACGGCAAGACAGUGCUCUUGGCAAGGUCACGAUGCACGGUGCCGAUGCUGCUGCAACGCCUGGUCCCCUCAGCGGUAAUUCGAUCCAGACUGUCGACCUCAGAAACCGUCAGGAGACGCUCCACGAAGAUUCAGACGACGACCUUUAUGAAUCUACCCCCAAGAGCUCCAAAAAGAAAGACCCAGUGUCCAGAUAUUGA